CAUAACAGUUGUUGGUUAAAUAAUGUUUAGAUGACAUUUUUCGAUUUAACAAUCUUCUCUAUGAUAUUUGACUAAUUUAUUUAUCUGUUUACUAAUGGCUCGUGAUAAUUGUAGAGAUAUGUGCUAUUUCUUCGUACAAUUAUUCAUGUCUUGAAAUGUUAACUGUUGACGAUGGGUGUAUUUAGGUUAUUUUGUAUUUAUAUAUUAUUUUUAGGAUAUGUGAAUGGAGACCGUCUUUUUACAUCAUUACAAGACAAUGAAGAUCCCCCUGAAGAGGAAUCUGUGGAUUCAUUGAAAAAGUUUAAAAGUGAUAGCAUAGAAUCAAAUCAAAAGAAAUUUAAAUGUCUUUCUUGUGAAUCUCCUAACUGUAACUCAGUUGAAGUUUGCUAUCAUGCUUAUAAAUGUUGGAAAUACAUAGAAAGGGACAGUAAUGGUACAGUGUUGAAGUCAAGAGGGUGUACUACUAAGGUUGAUCAAGUUCGUUUCUUCUGUUCUCAUCACCAUGAUUCUGUGCAAACUAAAUACAAUCACUUUAAGAUGAUUUGCUGUCAAGGAGACUUUUGUAAUAAUGGCUCAUUUCCUGAACUGGCUAUGGAUAACUUUGUUGUGGAUAUCAAGUCAGCUGAGGACAAUGGCGGGUACCUUUGGCGACUUGGAUUGGCUGUGACGGGUCCAGUUAUUGGAGUAGUAGCUAUUGGAGUUAUUGUUCUAUUUUUUCUUCGUCGGAACUAUGUUAAACGAUUAUCUCCCCCUCAACCCCCGAAUGCAUUAUAUUCAGCGUUACCUGAUGAUUUUAGAGGAACUGCUUCUGAUACAGCUCUUACAGGCUACCAUGAUGAUAGUAUGACAUCUGGUUCAGGUAGCGGCCUUCCUCUUUUAAUUCAAAGGACCCUUGCAAAGCAGAUUUCCCUUGCGGAGUGCAUAGGAAAAGGUCGUUACGGUGAAGUAUGGCGAGGCAUCUGGCAUGGUGAAAAUGUAGCUGUAAAAAUAUUUUUUUCUCGCGAGGAAGCAAGUUGGACUAGAGAAACAGAAAUCUACAGUACUGUUUUACUGCGCCAUGAAAAUAUAUUAGGCUACAUUGGAUCCGACAUGACAUCUCAUAAUUCAUGUACGCAGUUGUGGCUCGUUACACAUUACCAUGCUCAUGGCUCGUUGUAUGAUUAUUUGAACUUGGUAACAUUGAGUCAUGCUGCAAUGCUUACAUUAGCGAUAUCUGCCAUGAAUGGUAUAGUGCAUUUGCAUACUGAAAUAUUUGGCACCCAGGGGAAACCAGCGAUAGCCCAUAGAGAUAUAAAAAGUAAAAAUAUUCUUGUUAAGAGCAAUGGAACGUGUGCUAUAGCAGACUUCGGCCUUGCUGUCACUCAUACUCAGUCGACAGGAUUAACACAGAUCGCUCCGAAUACUCGUGUGGGGACCAAGAGAUAUAUGAGUCCUGAAUUACUUGAUGAAACGCUGGACACAAAGUGUUUCGAGGCGUUAAGAAGGGUUGACAUGUAUGCUGUCGGUCUUGUGUUAUGGGAAUUGGGCAGGAGAGUAAUAAGCAAUGGAAUAGUUGAAGAAUACCAACCUCCCUUUUACGAUCGUGUUGGUUCCGAUCCAAGCUUUGAAGAGAUGCGUAAAAUUGUGUGCAUUGAUCAGCAGAGACCAGUGCUACCCAAUAGAUGGGCCUCUGACCCCAUAUUAAAUGGUAUGGGAAAAGUCAUGCGCGAAUGUUGGCACCAAAAUGCCAACGCAAGAUUGCCUGCAUUAAGAGUUAAGAAAACUCUCAUCAAGCUUGCUACAAGCUCAAACAUGGAGAAUAUCAUUUACUGACACAUCAUCAUUUCAACCUCAUCAUAUCAUUCAUUUCUUUAUAAUCAGUAUUGUUGUAUAUUGGGGAUUAAUAUUGUACAUAUGUUAAUAUUAUUUUGUAUAUUUGUACAUAUAAAUUAUGUAUAUAAACUCUGUAUAUUUGUAUGAUUGAAUUUAUGUGUGUAGAAUUGACGUGUGCACAAAAGAACUAGCUAAUCCAUUAGUAAUUUGACGAGGGAAAAUUAUGACCACAUUAAUUAUUUAAUAACUAUAAUAUUAACUGACAGCUUGGUCCACCCUAGCUUAUUUUCUUUAUUACUGUAAAAUUAAUCAUUACUAAGAUUCUCAUUUAUAAUCCCAGUAUCUUAUUGAUUUCUAUGCCCUAUUAAAGUCUUUCUGUUUAUAAUGAUGACAAAGUUGUCAUGAAUUUAAUAUGCUUAAUUCUUGAUUAACUCCGAAAAAAAAAAUUAAUGGAAUCUACAAUUCUUUAAUAAAAGAUAAUUAUUUAAAUUAAUAUAAUUAAAAAUUAUUUAUGAAUCAUGAAAUUCAGCUUAAAGUAAAUAACACUUAUGAGUAAGCCUUGGGAGUUGAUAUUUCACAUGCUGGCUUGAUGUUAACAAUAAUUGAAAUUGAAAUCACUGAAAACAGUGCAAAUAAUUAAUUAUUGUUUAUUAUAAAUCACGUUUUAACAUGUUCCUUCACUUAAAAAAUUGCACUGGUUGGAUGAAAAAACUUGCCAAAUUUUAUUAUUUAUACUGGUAAAGUAAUUUUUUUUUACUUAUUUUAAUUUAACGAUUUCAUCUGUGUUCGUGGAAUAAUUCUAAGGGAGAUUUGAAGUUGUUAUGUAAAUAAUAUGUUUUAUUUAGUUUCCAUCUUCCUAGCCAGUACAGUAAAUUGGAAACAAAGUUAAUUACGGUUAUACUGUUUAAAAAUAAUUUCUUUUUUGGAAUUAACCUAAUUGAUACAUCAAUUGCUACUUAACUCAGAUGAUAAUACAUGUUUUACAUAAGCUAGCUGUUGAUGUUGAUGUACGCAGUUUAGUUUUUUACUUUAUGAUUGUACUGCUUCUGCUUAUUUCAGAACUCUAAAAGAAUUUGUAAUAAAUUGCCUCUUGCACUUGAGUUUCAAAUUUUAAUAUUUUUAAACGCUUCAUUCAAGUGUGAAAAUCAACGUUACCAUUCUUAAUUCAUUUUUCACAGUCAAUUUGUAAAUAUACCUAAAUUAAUGCAUCACUGCUUAGCACAUGGUCCAUCGUUAUUUUAAAUCACUAAAUAGAAUAAAGUUCACCUUAAAUUGAGGCAUUUGGUUGUGAAACAUGGUCUCCAAAAAAAAAAAAAAAAAAAAAAAAUAUUACAAUGUUAAGUGUUUAGUUUAUGAUACUUUAUACCUUUGAACAACAGUCAUUUAUUUCAUUAUUUUAUUUGAACAACAUCAUUACAAAUCUUACUCUUUAAAGUAACACAUUUCCUAUAAAUUCCACCAAUAACAUAUGAAAUCAGCCAUAACUAAUUCAGUGUUAUAAAAUACUUCAAUUAACAAAAAUGUCAGAUAGCAUGUUUCAUGAUCGAAUGCCUUAAUCAAUUAUGGAUAAGUUUGAAGGUUAAUAUCUUUAAAAUGUUGUUAGGUAUUAAGGUUUUUAAUUUAUACCUUUAAAAUAUUCUUAAAAACAUAUCUUGCUAUACAAUUUUUUAUUUUUCAUUUUUAUUAACUGAGCAAUAAAUUUUAAAUUGGUCUAUUUUUGUUUAUUUUAGUUCACCAGUUUUUAUGUAAAUCAUCUUUUUAAGUGUUUAUGGGAUGUUUGUAUUCUUUGGUUUAGUUUAGAACUAAAACGUUUGUAGUAGUGGAAUUUGUCUUGGAAGUAAAAUUUAAAUUUCUUUUAACCUAACAAACAUAUUAACAUUUUUUCCCUUAGUUUAUAAAUUGCAUAUUGUAGCUCUGAUAAUUUUAAAGAUACAAAAUCAGUGGAUUAGAUUUGCUAAAAAUCAAAAUAAAUAAUAAUAAUAGAAAAAAAAAGUUGAAUAGUAAUAAUUAUCAAGUUUGUAGUUAUUUACAGUAAACCAUUUUAAAAUUAUAAUGAAUUGAGGUAAAUUAUGUUAAGUAAUUUAGGAUAAAUAUCUUCCCAAGUGUCAGCAAAAAUAUGAGUUUCAAACCAUAGAGUUUAUUGCCGAUUGGACAUUACUUUAUCUGUAUUGCUUUUAUAGUACAUAUUAAUCACUAAAUGUGGUAAAUAAGAUUUUUAAAACAAAUGUAAUUUUAUUCAUGACGAAACAAAAUAAUCAGGAUUUACAGUCAAGAAUUUUUAUUAGGUUAGCCGGCGUUUCGAACCAAACAUAUGGUUCAGCCUCAUGGCUAUCUUUUGGGAGUCGAGGCAAGAACUCUCGAAACAUAAACGUCGGCUAACCUAAUAAAGAUUCUUGACUCUAAAUCUUAACCAUUUUGUUACAUCCUAAGGAUUGAUCAGUCGACUAAUGACCCAUCUCUGUAAUUUUGUUUAAUUUCAUUAUUGUGUUAGUCAGUUAUCUGCCUACUAAUUGCUAUAAGAAAAUUUAUUUAAUGUUUAUUGUUGCUGAACAAACAAAGAAGGAUACAGUUUUUCAGCUUGAGAUUUUGAAAUGAAUCCAUGGUCUGUUUUGAACCUGCUUCAAAUGUGAGGUUUUAUAACCUUGAAAUUAGAGUGCAAGCUAGUAUGUUCCUUGUAGAAAGAAGUUAACACUUUUAUUUUCCCAUAUCUAUCUAUCUAUUAUUUUUAUUUAUUUUUUAAUAUUUAUGGAUUCUUCAAUUUCAAUAUAAGUUAUAGUUCAAAUUUAUUCCUUUCAAUAAAUCUUCACUUUUUUAUAUGAAAGAUACAGAAAGAAAAAUAGUUAUGCACAUGAUAAAAUUUAAUAGUAAAGUUUUAAUCUAAGUUAAAAUUAGAUUAUUAAAGAAUUUAUAUCUGAUUAGACACUGAGCACUGUGUCUAGAAAAGUUGAUAAAAAUUAAAAAACAUUUUGUUUUUGUGUCUGUAGUCUUCAUAUACAAGUUUAUAGUAGUAAUAUCUUUAUUAAUUUUUAGAAAUUAUUAAUUUGGACUAUAAUUUCACCACUUUUUUAUGUUAACUUAAUUUUGUGUUUAUAGUUUAUAAUAUUUUAAAAAUUG